GCCAGAAACCGAGAGAAGAAGAAGAAGAAGAAGAAGAAGAAGAAGAAGAAGAAGAAGAAGAAGAAGAAGAAGAAGAAGAAGAAGAAGAAAGGGAUGCAACCGGAACCUUUCUCUUAGCGAGCAGGAAGUUUAGCCGGCGGUUUUAUGUGACAGUACCAGAGACGGACCAACGAUAGAAACACAUCCGACCUGUCACGGAUUUCUUAACGAUAACGGAUUAAAAAGCGGAAAUCUGCGCUGAAAUACACAACAAAUCUAUUGAAGCCGGCUCCUCUCUGUUCGUCUUUACCGUUCUUCACUCGGAUCUCCGGAGAUCGUCGCCUCUGACGGUUCUCUAACGUUAUAAACAAUAACAACAACAAUGGCUUCUGGGUCGCCGUCGUCCUCUCCGGACACUGCGACGGGAUCAGGAACAGACCCAGCUCGGCCAGACACAGGGGAGCCUCUCGGUGGAGCCGGGUCAGACUCGGACUCGGACCUGGGUCUGGGUAAAUUUGACUGCAGCGGUAUGGAGAUGGGGGACCGGCUGGAGGGAGAAGAUCUGGAGCGGGAGUUUGAGUCAGCAGCUGACCGAAUACGAGAUCUGGUCCAGACGGCCAGCAGGGACCAGCUGCUCUACCUGUAUGCGAGAUACAAACAGGCCAAAGUGGGAAAGUGCAAUACAACAAAGCCUGGCUUCUUUGACUUUGAAGGACAGAGAAAAUGGCAAGCCUGGAAGCAGCUUGGAGACAUGGAGGCGGAUCAGGCAAUGCAGGAGUACAUUUCCUGUGUCAAUGUGUUAGACCCUGAAGGUUGCACAAAGGAAAGACGAGGAGCAGAAAGAAGAUCGGGCUUUGGAGCAGCAGUCAGCUCUCUAUACCAGGAGGAGAUGAUCAAGGAAGAGGAUAAGAACAUCUUUGACUACUGCAGAGAAAACAACAUCGACCACAUCAGCAAGGCCAUCAUCUCCCAGAAAGUGGAAGUCAAUACUAAAGACGAAGAGGGCCGGGUUCUCCUGCACUGGGCCUGUGACAGAGGACACAAGGAGCUGGUUUCUGUAUUACUGCAGCACAAAGCGGACAUCAACAGUCAGGAUAAUGAAGGACAGACAGCGCUACAUUAUGCAUCGGCGUGCGAGUUCGCCGACAUCGUGGAGCUCCUGCUGAACGCUGGAGCCGACCCGUCCAUCAAAGACCUGGAGGGCUCUCUCCCCGAGGAGGUCACUGAAUCCAGCGCCAUCUCCUCUCUCCUGCGUCAAUACACGGCUCCGAAAGGCUAGAUGGCCCAGCCGCCACCACCCCGGUCCCAGCCCCCUGUCCUCGUCUCAUCCCCGCUCCACUCGUUCUCCCGUCCUCCUCAUCAUCAUCCCUGAAGAGACUGUAUUCAUCCCCAACAAUUAGUCGACUCAGAUUGCAACAGUUUUAUUUGAUUAUAUUUUCAAAUACUUGAGGUGAGUUUGGUUUUGUUAACUACAGGGUGUAAACUUUAGCCCUUCCAUUUGAUGAGACACAUGAAAUUGAAGCACACCACAUUUAUUUUCAUUCAUCUAAAUACUGUUUAUUGACUUUAUAUGCCCAGUAGGGUUGGGUGAUAUGGCGGUUACUGUGAAUACUGGUGGGGAUUUUGCUAUACUGAGUUAGUUCUACCUUGAAUAUCUCUUGCUGUAUUCGACCAAUGUUGCAGAUCAAUGAGCAGAACAGCUUAUUGGCAAUAUUGGAAUGACAGGAUUUGUGCAUCAUUGUGAUGAAAUAUCUGAAUUUGUCAGGUAUUUAAAUCACUGGACGAACCAAAAAACAGACAUUCCCAUCCACUUAUUUUAUCUGUAAACGGAAAAUUCAUACUGUGAUAAAAUAUUUUAUACAUAUCACCCACUCCUACUGCCCAGGUCUGACAAUCAGCCAGGCCUUUUAGUCUGGGUCAGCCCUCUCUGACCAUCUGUUCACGGUUCAGUUGUUACGUUCAAGGAAUGCUUUAAUCAUUUGUCAAUCAUUACAUUAAAGUCUUCAACAAAUA